GACCCGUUUCUGGCAUCACUCAUCAUGGCAUCACUGAUCAGCAGUCCAUUCUAUGUCGAUGACUGGAAUAUACUCAUGUCGCUGUAUUUCGUCGAUAUGACAGAUUUUGUAAUCUAAAUAGUCGUCAACUUUAACUAUUAAUAUCUCGCUUCGCGGGGCACAGCGACACUUUUCUCUGCUAUACUCUUUUGUUUUGUGCAAAAACGCGUCGAAUGAGCAUAAUUUUAUCGAUAUUUGAGAAAAGUGGUUGAGAGAUAAGAAUGGGAGACUUUGUGCCAACGCGUGUGUCCCAAAUCAAGAAGAAUGCGACAAGUGACUAUGUCUCUGUGAGUUAUGAAGCUCCAAAGAAAAAGUCAAAACCUGCAGAUGGUUUGCACGAUAAUGAGGAACAGAAGGAUUCCAAAACAAAGCAAACGCCUACUGAACUGAAAGAACAACAAGAAAAGGAAAUGAAGAGGAUGCGUUAUGAUGUUAUUAAAUUCGGUAUGUCUGGCUUUGAGAAACCAAAAGCAAAAAAAGCAAAAGUCGAGCUUGCCAUCAGCUUAGGUGCGAUACCUGCUAAAAAUAGAAAAAUGAAUUAUAAAACAUUAAAGAAGAGUCGAAUAAUAGAGAAACAAAGGAAGAAAGAAGAGAAACAUACAUCUGGAUUUACUAGUAGUUUGCUCAGACCUAAGUCCAAGAAAGUACACAAGAAAGAUAGUGGCAUUUUAGGCAUUUAUGGAAAGGUACCAAAGGAUGCCUUGGCCAAACAGAAGAGCUGAAUUUAUUGGAAGAUAUGGGAGAAAAAUAGAAGGAUAUACAAAGAAAAAGAGAGGCCAAUUUGUAACUGUAAACAUUUAAAAUAUUUUCUGUUGAUUCAUUGCUGUCUUGUUACAACAUCAACUAUCUAUUGUCUAACAAUAACAUCUUUUCUGCGUGUUGUAUACUAUAUACGAAGAAUAACAAGUAGUAAAAUAAUAUAUUUUUAUAUAAUAUAUAUAUUUUUUUAUGGAUCCGUUUUUUUUUUUGUGUCAGCCUUGAGCUUUGUAAUAUAGGAUAUAUAACGCUCUUGUCUGUAUGUAUUUAAAAUAGGAUUAUUCAGGUGUACACAGUUCGCGCAAUGCCAUAAUGGAAUGAUUCGGCAUCCUGAAGAACUGUUGAUCUGGAGAAUUGUACCUCUCGAAAUCAGUCGAAGGCAACUGCUGUUGGAGCCACUUCUAGUAACAUCUGCAGAAAAGCAUUGACACCUUCUGCAAUUGGAAAAUAAACACGAAUAUUCAAUAGAAAAUUUAAAGGCAUACUAAAGUACAGUAGAAAAAUAAAAGAUGUUCUAAAUAUUAAA